AUGGGUCCGUCCUUGCUUCUUCCUCGCAGGUUGCCAAUUGCGUGCCCUUCCGAAAACCGGCCGGGGUUUUCAACGUCAUCCAACGCGCCCGUGGUAACACCAGAGCCAACAGCACGCCCAUUCUCCACGAACGCCGCGUCCUUCACAAAUUUGUCGACUUCUCGGACAGUCACUGUCAUCGUCCCCACGACACAUCUACCCUCACCGACAACAACUACCGCCACCAUCUCAACCAUCUUCUCCCUGCCUCCUUCCUCAUCGCCAAGCUCGUCAUCACCAUCUUCAUCUUCCUCCUCCUCAACCAAGCAAAUCAACCCAGUUGGGCUCAUAGUCGGUCUCACCGUCGGCUUCACAGUCCUCGCCCUCAUGAUGGCCCUCGUUAUCUUCCUGCUCUGGCGGCGCCGACAGUCACAGGACGUCGGGGACGAAGAGCCCAUCCUCCCGAUGAGAAGCCUGAGAGCUACGGCGUUCUACCUGCCGCGGAAACAACAACCCAACUCCCUCGUCCUGGCGUCGCCCAACACCGACAAGCCAACACCACCGGCCCCGACGUCCUCGCGGCCGUGGCGCGAGUCAUUCGCCGAGGCGGGCCUCUCAGAUAAGGCGCCCAGUCCCCGCGCCACCAACACGGCUGCGCCAGCUCCGACGGUAUGGCGGCACGCCCGCGAGGCUGCGCUGAGCCGCGCGCUGGGGAAUUCGACUGAGGUUAGGGGCGGGACGUCAGGAGAGCCCGCGGCAGCUGGGGCAACACAACAGGGCGCUCAGCCGAACAGCAGGUCGGCGUCGCCCGUGGAGUCGAUCUUCGACGUCUCCCAGAGGCGGACGACGGCGGAGAUAGACGCCUCGUGGGCCAUAUUUAGGGAAGGGCCUGCGGCGUUCCACGGGCUCUCUGCGCCACCUCGGAGUCGCGAUGGCUCACGGCCUGGCUCGAAUAGUAACCAAGGGGGAUGA